AUGAUUACGAUUUUAAUGAAGUACAAGGAUGGAAGGAUCCUCCUGGAAUCGUUUGAUUUCUUAAUCGGAUUUUUCGUAUCCCUAAAUUUAGGAAAGGUUUGGACUGAUCACAAUGGAAGAUGUUGUGGAUCUGCUCCUCAUAUAACUCGACGGUGGUUUGGAACGCUCGCUGCUGCAGCAGUUUAUGUCUUGCGUGUUUAUUAUGCACAGGGGUUCUAUGUGGUCUCGUAUGGUCUAGGAAUCUAUAUCUUGAAUUUGCUGAUUGAAUUUAUGUCCCCUAAGGUUGAUCCGGAGCUUGAAGCCCUAGAUGGAGCUUCAUUGCCAACUAAAGGCUCUGAUGAAUUCAGACCCUUUAUUCGUCGACUGCCUGAAUUCAAGUUCUGGUAUGCAAUAACAAAAGCUUUUUGUGUUGCCUUUUUAAUGACCUUGUUUUCUGUAUUGGACGUCCCAGUAUACUGGCCCACCUUAUUAUUUUUCUGGGUUUUUCUAUUUAUCCUCACUAUGAAACGUCAAAUUACACACAUGAUCAAGUACAGAUACAUUCCAUUCAACAUUGGCAAGCAGAGCUAUGCUGGGAAGAAGUCUGCUGAAGGUGCAAAGGUUCACCGAAUAGACUGA